AUGUCAAGUGGCGAGGUUUAUCAGGAGACUCGAACGCUGAAGAGACAGCCAAGCGAGCCUCCCCCACGGAAGGAGAAGAUCCACAUCAAUGGAGCCAGGAAAGUGGUGAAGAAGAGAGUUCGGACACAGCGACGAAACGUAGUGGCAAGCUUCUCGGUGGAGGACGUUCCAUUGGGAAGAGGGCCCAACAGGAAGAGCAUCAGCAACGAGCAAGAGAACCAAUACCAUCAUUACCUAGAGAAGUUCGAGGACUUUUGCAAGGCCAACGGUUUGCGGUGGCCGCCAACAAACAAGACGGACUUGAUCCUGGCAGACUACUUCGACAUCCUCUUCCAGGAAGGCCAUGGAGUGAGCGUUGGAGAGAAGUCUCUCGCUGCCGUGGAGUACAAGUGGCACCAGGUGAAGGGCACCUUGCUUCGGAGCAGGCGAGCGCUACGAGGGUGGCGAAAGGAAGUACCUCCAAAGAGCCGGUUGCCGUUGCCCAGGUUGGUGGCCUUCGGUAUGGCCAUGAGGAUGCUGAGCUUGCAACUAAGGGCCAUGGCACUUCUCCUUCUGUUGUCUUUCGACGUGUACCUGCGACCUGGCGAGGGCUUGACUCUCAAGGCAAAGAACCUGGUGUCACCGGUUCGUGGCAGUGGACGACAAUUCCAGCGCUAUGUCAUCGUGGUCCGGGACGAGGACGACAACCUGCCAGACAAGACGGGCGUCUACAACAACUCGCUUCCCCUGGACUAUCCUCGAACUUCAAAAUGGUUGGGCCAAGCCCUGGAGAAGCUCAAGAAGGGAAAGAAGGAGAACGAUCUCCUCUUCAACGUCAAUGCCGAGAAGUACCGGAAGGCUUUCGAAGCAGCCGGAGGUUGGCUGGGCUUGCCUACCAGCUUCGUCAUGGCGGCGCUGCCGACGACCUGUUGA